AGAUGCCACGUGAAUCUGUGGCUGUGUGUACGUGGCUUAUAAAUAAGCAUGCAGAAUUCUUCGGUUUCGUCUCAACUUACAAAUUCGGCAGUUAAAGGUUUUCGGUGUUUUGUUCAAAUCAGAAUUGUUCCUCUGCGUUUUUUGUGAGUUGCAACUCUACAGAGAAAAGCUUCCAAGUUAAGAAAUCCAGAGAGCAAAAAUGGCAGGUGACGGUACAGCUACAUGCAUAGACAUCCUUCUUGCUAUCAUCUUGCCUCCUCUUGGGGUUUUUCUCAAAUAUGGCUGCAAGGUGGAGUUCUGGAUUUGUUUGGUGCUAACCCUUUUUGGUUAUAUACCUGGGAUUAUCUAUGCUGUCUAUGCCAUCACCAAGUGAUCACACUUUAGCUUUUGAAGACAAUAAACAAAUGUCAUGGGCGUUUCUGUCAUUCAAGUCACAUAUUAGUGUUUCUUUACUGUAUCAUUGUCAAUGUCAUCCAUUUUUUUUUAUGCUCUGUUUCUAAAAUUCCUCUGUUUUUAGCUUAAGCGAGCGUGGAGUGUGUAGCUUGUAUGUAGUCUCUAGUGUUAAUCGAUUUGAAAUACACAAUUUGAUUUGUAUCAAUGGUGUUGUUCAAGUAUGUAAUGUAAAUUGUGUUAUUCUUGACUUUCAAAUGAAUAAAUUGAAAUUUUUUCUUAUGA